AUGCCGCCCGAGGAGCUCGCGGCGUCUAUCCGGAGGUGUCUCAACAACAUGUGGCGCGGGAAGUCCUUCCUGUUUGAGGCAGAGGGCCUGCGAAUCAUUGUCUUCCAGUCUGCCCCGCCAGCACCGGAUGACCCGCUAUCAAGCCCGCAAGCCCAUGAGCAAGACGCAGAAGCGAAGCAGGGACCGACAGCCAAAGGGCCGGAGCGAACAAGCAUCAAGGUACUGAGGUCGGAAAUGGAGCAAGGGUAUCAGAAGCGUGUUCUAGCCAUGGCCUCGGCGUCGGCGAGGGAACACGGGAAGACUGGCGAUUUGAACAGCAUCGUGGCCGCCCUCAAGGCUUCCCUAACGGAGUUCACAGGGCCUGUAUGGCAUGUUAUGGCCACCCGGGGGGCAGGUGAUUGGGGCUUCUCUGUUGCGCACGAAGAAGGACAGCUGCUAGAUUUCAAGCUGAACGGGGACCGAAUUCUCUGCUGGAAGCACGCGCAGGCUGCUCCGGGGCUGACUGACAUGCUCACCAUGAAGCGGAUAUCUACCUUCCUGUUCGUGGCAACGAUGCUGCUCCUGUGCGUCUACGUGAAGCUGCAAGGGUCGUGCGACCGGUGUUGCAGUUCUUACCCAGGAGCGCGCGAGAAGGCCGGGUGCGCAAUCGCGCCAACCACUUCCGGUGGGGGGGCAGGAGCCGGCGACAUAGUGGUGGAAGGGUGCGACGUUGAUGUGACUGAGGUUGCAGAUCUCUGCCUGCGCAACGCCAAGAUCGCGUUGUUCGUGACGUGCGGAACUAUGGCCGGUGCCACGGCUUUCAAGUGGGCUGACCGAAGCAAGGCCAAGCGCCAAUUCAAGCACCAGGGUGCUUGA